AUGAGUGUUGAAGCUUUUGUUGUUAUAAAUAACUCUAUUGAUCCAAUAACACAGUUGCUCGUCACAUUAAGGUUUUAUGCUACUGGGAACUUUUUAAUCACAGUUGGUGACUUUGGUGGUAUUAGUGUAGCAUCUGCUGGAAAAAUUGUUAAACGAGUCAGUUAUGCACUAGCWUUUUUAAGUAGUAGGUAUAUCAGAUUACCAGAAACGCCUGAAGAGAAAAUGGAGCUGAAGGUACAAUUUUAUGRUUUGGCUCGGUUUCCAAAAGUUAUAGGGGCAAUAGAUUGCACCCACAUAAAAUUACAGUCUCCAUCAAGAGAGUAUGGUGAACUAUACCGCAAUAGAAAAGGGUAUUUUUCGCUUAACGUCCAAGCAUUGGUCAAUGCUAAUCUAGAAUUUAUGGAUGUAGUUGUUCGUUGGCCAGGUUCAGCACACGAUAGCAAUAUUUUUGCAAAUAGUAGGCUAAAGGCACGAAUGGAGCUUCCAGAGUUCUCUGACUGCAUAAUUCUGGGAGACUCGGGCUAUGCACUUUCACAUUAUUUGCUAACUCCUUUAGCAUGUCCGACCACAAAUGCAGAAAGGUUAUAUAAUGAGUCACAAAUUAGGUCUCGUAAUGUGGUAGAGCGCUCAUUUGGAGUCUGGAAACGCAGGUUUCCAGUACUGUUUUUUGGACUUCGUUUAAAAAUGGAGACAACGAUGGCAGUCAUUCAGGCAUGUGCAGUAUUGCAUAAUAUUGCACGAUUACAAAGAGAUCCACAACCACCAGAUGAUAUUGAAAAUAUUAAACAACUUUUAAGUGCUGAAAUAUCAGAAAUAGAAGCAGCAACACAACCCCAAAUUAACAGUCCAGCACAAGCUUUAAGAACUGCACUUAUAAUAGAACAUUUUUCUGUUUUGUGA